CCUCUUUCAGUUGAAGAGAGAAGCAACAGCAGCUUAGCGAAUUUCGUUACGCUGCCUUCAUCGAACUGGAGCAUGAAGAUACAACUGUACUUUGACUGUCAGGAAUGCGAAGCGAAAAAUUCUGAUCAGCUCUGUCUUUGCAAUAAAUGUACCCCUCCCGUUACAUGAUCCAUCAAUGGAAGGACAAAUUCUACACGGAGCCGCAUUUGUACAUCGAUCAUACCCUUAUCUUCCUUCAACUAUAACUAGCCCGUUCCUUGCCGGAAUUCAUCCUCUUCCCCCACGCUCCCCUCCUCCUUCCUUUAUCCGUCCUCUCUUUUGCAGUACAGACGAUUAUCAUGCGCUUCGCAGCUUUCGUCCUUCUUUCCGCAAUCUGUGGAACUUCUGCGGAGGCCAUCGAAAGCCUCCUUAGGCGUGGCAGCACGACAGAAGUUUGCGCCUGUAUCUCCGAAGAUCUUCGCCUUGACUCCUACUUUGGUGGUCGAAAAGUUACGGCGGGUGUUUUGGAGGCUUGUAUCUGCGAAAGUGAGGUGUCUACCUUUGUUGCCGGUAACAGUGUUUGCAAAAAUGGCGUCGAUAUGAUCGGGAAAACCGUCAUCGAAGUUGUUGUCACUAAACUGAUCAAGAAUACCAGCAAUAAACAGACAUGUACAUUUCCUGAACACUCAACUCCUGCUUGCACCGCAAGUAAUAAAUGUGGUUUCACUUGCGGUGACGGCUACAGCGUGGUCAAGAAGAACGGUCAAUCCACUUGUGCGUGUGCGCACCCGAAAUCAGUUUGCAACGGCAAGUGCGCGUCCUCCUGCCCCUCUGGCCGUUCCCUUCCUGAAAAACGGGAUCAUCUUCACUGGGGUCAGCAAACCCAACGCACUUGUAGGCCUGGAUGGGCCGCGUGUGGUAUCGCUGGAGGGGGAGUGAGGCAAUGGGAGUGUAUCGAUAUAAAGAACGAUCUCGAGAGCUGUGGCGGCUGCCCCAUGGACGUCGUAGCUUCUGAUGGAAAGCCAGGUCUUGGUGUCGACUGCACUAUCAUCCCUGGGGUCUCAGACGUUUCUUGCCAGUCCGGACGUUGCGCUGUUGAAAAAUGCAUGCCUGGAUACGCAGUUUCCCGUGACGGCCGGCACUGCGUUCCUCAGGAAGUUAAUUCGUCCGAUUCGUCUCCUCAUUACAUCCACCAUUUCGAUAAUACCCCAACCCAAAAGGGCACGCUUGGCGGCAAAAUCGUCGCUGCUGCUGCUGCUGCUUUCGGUAUUGAACACUUGCCGUUCUCAGAUUAAAUUACUUUUUCAAUCAGAUUCAUCAGCCGUUUUUUUGCCCUAUAUUCGUUGUAAACCUUUACCUAUCCUUCGUCAC